AUGGUUUCCUCGCAGGUGCUGUGCCACGACAUACUCUCUAAGAUCUUUGAGCACCUGGAACCUGGCGGCGUACCUCACUUCGACGAGUUUCCUGCCGUCAUUUCCGAACGGCAGCUUCGUCAGUAUACGCUAGCUGCGUCUGCGCGCGUCUGCAGGUCGUUCACGGCACCCGCACUGGAUGUGCUAUGGCGACACAUGUGCAACUUCAACAACCUCCUAUGUCUUUUUUCAACGUAUUCAAGUACGGAAUGUAAUUUUGUGGGUGCGAUCGCUGAGAAAGAGUGGCAGCGCUUCCAGGAAUACGCGCCGCGCAUACGAGGCAUCAACGGCAACUUCGGCAAGAAUCCUGGCUCACCGUUACAAGAGCAAGUAUGGAUGGUUUUGCUCCAAAAAUCCCAAGGGUCGCCCCUGCUCCCGCGCUUGGAAUACUUGACUAUCAACGGCUCUCUCGGGGGACUGAUGUCACUGUUAGGCCCCACCGUCUACAACGUCAACUUAUACAUUCCUCUUCCAUCGGUGAAUGCAAGGGAUAGCAACCUGCUAGUGGACACCUUUCGCCCACAUCUAUCCCACAUCAAGACUCUGGUGAUAUACGAAUACGUUCCCAACGCAUCAGGGCCGCGUCGUGGCAUAAACAUACCCAAAUCCAUCGACGUCUGCGCUCUCACCCACCUCGAGUCCCUCGACGUCGUCUACCCGGUGAUAGCUCGGCGAUCGAUGAUACAAGCGCUCAUGGGCUUUCCCAACCUCCGCUUCCUAUGUCUCUCCUUCGAGUUCUGUGCGGACGAACGGACCUCUUUACAAGCGACCAAGUUUGAGCCAGGCUUCUUCGAGCUACGACACAUGGACUUGACAGCCUCUUAUGACGACCUCGCUCUCUUCCUGGAGAUGACCAACCCACCACAGCUCGAGACGCUAGCUCUCGCGCGGGAGUUCGAGAGGGGGGAUGACCCCGACGUCGACGAUCUACCCCGAGCCUAUGCCAAACUACCGCCCCACCUCCGCUGCCUUUCACUGCGCUUCUACGUUUCCCCCGGUGACCCGGACGCGCCCGACUCCCGGUACACCUCACCCCUGCUUACUCCCUCACGAGUGCUCCCGCCUUCCCUCUGCGCCCUGGAUAAUCUCCGGGAGGUCUUGGUCCGGUUCCAGAACAUCUCCUGCCCCUUGGAGAACGCCGUCCUCGCCGCACUGUGCACCGCCUGGCCCGCGCUCGAGCGCUUCGAGUACAACAGCGUGCUCUACCACGACGACGACCCCUCCAUGGUGUCCACGCUCGACACCCUCCUCGCAUUCGCGCGCGCCCAUCCACGCCUCACGCGUCUCUCGCUCCCGGGGCUUAGCCCGGACGGCAUCCCGGACGACAUCGGCGCGCUCGAUGCGGGGGCGUUGCGAGACUGGCCGGGCCACGGGUUGCGUCUGUUCCGGCUCAAGACGUAUCUGGUGGGCACGCCCCUCGUCUCUCUGGCUCGCGCGGUGGAUCGCGCAUUCCCGGAGCUGGACCUCGGCCCUGUUCGCGCGGCUAAGGUCGAUAGCGAUGGAGAGGCGACGGACCUCCUCGCGUUACCUCUUCUUGUUUUCCAGAUGUCACGGAGGCCGGGCGCGGCUGUCUGAACGGUCGUCUCGGUGUGAAAGGGUGUGGCUUCCGGCGUGUCGAGCCCCCAUAGUACACGGUUAACCACAUGCUGGAAAGAGGCUUUCGAAUGCUCUCGGACGAGUUUUCCUCCAUUUUUGCCUCCACAUAUUUUAUCUGACAUUUCUUGUUGUAAUACAAACCGACAGGCGGCACAAACACACAUACAUCAUUCCAU